AUGGACGGCUUGUACAACCUCACGGAAUGGCAAAAUGUUCAUAACGAGAAUUUCAGCGAUAGGAAUGAGCCAAUAGAGAAAGAGUUGGAUUAUGAGGUCGAUAAGGAUAUCGACAACAACAAUGAAUCUUAUAGGGAUUACUACUCAAUUUUAAACCUACCACGUAAUGCCACCAACGAGGAGAUAAAGGACCGUUAUAAGCAACUCGCUAUCAUCUUCCACCCAGAUAAGCAGCGUUCAGAUCACCAAAGAGAAGCAGCUGCUCUACAAUUCUCUCAUAUUAAACACGCUUAUGAAGUCCUUUCAGAUCCACACAAGCGUAUGGCAUAUGAUACCCUCGGUGAAGAGGGUCUCAAGAAUGAUUGGCAAGUUGGCCAACGUUUACGCACUCCAGAAGAGAUGAGAGAGGAAUACGAGCGUAGACGACGGGUGAACGAAUUAGAAUCACUUGAAUCAGUUUUACGUAGUAAAGGCGACGUAAACGUACACAUAGAUGCAACUUCUGCGGUAGCAGAUGCUAUCGGAGUUGAAAAGACCCCUCAACUCAAUAUGCUCGGUAAUCCAGUAUUAGAAAAGACAGGUUUGACUAAUUCACUCGCUGGUAUAGCCGUAAGACGCCUCGUUAUGCAGCACUCCUUUGAGUGUCCAAUUACACGCCAAACGCAACUCGUUGUACUUGGUCAAAUGGUUAGUAAGGCAAACACUGGCGGUGGAAACGUGAUGGGAACAAUACGCCAUUUCUAUUCACCUAAAUUAUCAUUAACAGCUACUCAAACAUUCCUCAAACCGCAAUUCACACAACUUGCAGGUGUAUAUGAGAUUGACGAUGACACUAGCCUUCAAUUAUCAUCUAUGCACCCAGAUUGGCGGCUUUUCCCUCAAGUUAAUCUCACCCUUUCACGGCGUGUACAAGAAACUGUUCAAGCUUUCUUAAGUUUGAGAUUACCAUCUCCAAUGGGUCCAUCAAGUCUGAGCGUUGGCGCUAAUGGUUUAACGCAUGGUCGAAGUGCAUCAAGUUGGAGCACCUCACUUGUUUUUGGUCCAGUUGAGAAUGGUUUGGGUCUUGAAUGGGGUCGUCGCAUCCUCGAUAAUACGAUACGCUUUAGAGUUGGUACUAGUCUGAGUAUGCAAGGUAUAUUCAAUUCUUUUGCCUGGGCAGAGCGUAAGAUAACGAGAGCGACAACAAUUGGUUUCGGUAUAACUUGUAGUCUUCCCGGAGGUGUUAUCGCGCGUUUUAGAUGGUCCAGAUUAGGCCAAAGGAUUACAAUUCCAGUCUUAUUAUCGCGUGACCUUGAUCUCGCAGUUGCAGCAUUAGCAGCGGCUAUUCCAUCCGCAACCAUGGUCGCCUUGCAUUAUUCAUACCUCGUUCCUCGGAACAAAAAGCUUAAGGCAGCAAAAUUAAAGCGCCUUGCCGAAGAACACCGUGAGAAGAUAGCCGAAAAGAAAUCAGAAGCUGAAGAUGCUAUCACGAUAUUGAAAGAUCACGCUGAACGUAAAGAAGCCGACGAGAAUGCUAAAUCUGGUCUUAUUAUCCUCGAAGCUGAUUAUGGUUCAAGUGAGAACUUACAAAAUAACGAAAGGAUAGAUGUUAGAUUACCACUUAUGGCUCUCGUUAAUGACGGUCAAUUAUACAUACCUAAAGGUACAUCCAAAGCUGGACUCCUCGGUUUCUAUGAUCCUUGUUUAGGUGAGAAGAAGAAUCUUCAUCUUAAAUACCAGUAUCAAUUGCGUAUACACGAGGUUACAGUAAAGGAUAAAGAAGAAAUUGCAUUACCACAGCGUGAUCAUCUUGUAUUUGAAUAAAUAAAUGUUAAUAAAUUAGCCCACUUAGUCUAUUUCGCUAUCACUAUCUUUACUAAACACUACUUUUUUCUUUUUUCUGUUCCUAGUCGAAGUACGCCUAGGUUUUUCUAUAGGUGGUGGAGGUGACAGUGAACUCUCCCUUGAGUCCGUCGUUUGAGGUUCCUUUUUGGUACUCUUAGCUAUCCGUUUGGAAGGUUCUUUUCUGACGCUCUCAGCUGCUCGUUUGGAUGGCUCUUUCUUAUUACUUUCGCUCACACCUUUAGAUGGCUCUUUUUUCACGCUAUCAACUACUCGUUUUGGGCGAACGUUAGUCUUCUUUUCAGGACUGACAACGGACGUGACGACACCUGGAACCACAUCAUUUUCAUCCUUGACUGACGGUGACUCCUCCUUAAAAGCUUUCAAAUCAGCAGCAAAUACUGUAUGUGCCCAACCGGCGUAAGGACCCCAAAGAUCUCUGAACAUUUUACCGACAGCUGCAUAGAUAGACGGAGACAUAGCUGAACUCUGCGAAACCUUCCCUUUACAUGAUUUAACAUAAGGACUCUUGAGGAAUCCAUAAUCGCGUACGGCU